AGAAGCGACUGAACUGACAGGAAACUGAGGAGGAAAAUGAGGCAUCAGUUUAAUCUGCAGAGUUUAUAGGUAUUCUUUUCAUGUCAUAGAGCACUGGAGAGUUUCACACCUUCAGGUUCAGAUCUGACUUAAAUCAACUCGUGUUCCAGUGUUUUAUGGAGGCCCUCAAGUUUCUGUGUUGGGACUAAUAACACGCUCCUUAUGCUUCUUUAGUUUGAUAUCAUUAUUUUAGACUUUAUUCAUUCAUCUGGGAACAUGUUUGCUGUUUUUUAGAUGCUGUCAAAUACGUGUUCAGAGGAGGAAUAAUAAUCAGAAAUAGAACCCUUCCUGCUGGAGGGUCCUCUUGAAAACAGAGGAGUGGUCCUCCUGUCGUAUAACCAAUCUUUGCAGGGGAAGGUUCGGGGUACAGCUUGUUCUCCCGCAGAAACUACCGUCUGCCCCGCGUGACCGCAGCAGCAGAUGUCGGGCGGGUGAGCCGCUCCCGGACCGGUUCUGGAGGCGGACGGGAAUCCCGGUUCUCCAGGAUGAGCUAACGAGCAAACUUUCACCGCCAAAACACCCAAAUGCCGCAGAGGUAAAGCCCUCCGUCCCGCGCGGACGUCCGCCGCCGGUCCGGUCCAAUCCGGACCGUGACGCGUGCGGUUCCGGUAUGCUUCCCGCGGCGGCAGCCCGCCUCCUCGGGCGAACUUUGCUCCGUGAUCCGUUUAAGAGGAUUUGCGUGAACAUGUCCGCCGCGUCGUCCUCCGGCGGGGCGGGAAAGAGGCUGCGGGUUCUGGUCGACAUGGACGGGGUUCUGGCGGACUUCGAGGGGGGGUUCCUGAAGAAGUACCGGGCCCGGUACCCGAGAGAUCCCUUCAUCAGCCUGGAUGACCGCAGGGGCUUCUGGGUGUCCGCGCAGUACGGCCAGCUGAGGGCCGACCUGUGUGAGAAGGCCAUCAGCAUCUGGGAGUCCGAGGGCUUCUUCAUGGACCUGGAGCCUCUUCCUGGGGGGGUGGAGGCGGUCAAGGAGAUGGCCCGAAUGGACGACACUGAUGUCUUCAUCUGCACCAGCCCCAUCAAGCACUACAGACACUGUCCCUAUNUCCAGUACGCCUGGGUGGAGCGCCAUCUGGGCCCGGACUUCCUGGAGCAGGUGGUUUUGACCCGAGACAAGACGCUGGUGUCCGGGGACAUCCUGAUCGAUGACAAGCCAGACAUUUAUGGCGUGGAGCCCAAUCCGGCGUGGGAGCACAUCCUGUUCACGGCCUGCCACAACAAGCACCUGCCGCCCCGCCCCCCCCAGAGGCGGCUCCUGUCGUGGUCGGACGACUGGCGGGCGGUUCUGGACAGCAGAAGGUUCUGAGUCCCACAAUCCUCAGCGGCGCCACCAGGGGGCAGCGUGGCGCCGAACCGAGAAACAGAUGUGGUCCCCAGGGCCCCCCAGGGUCUCUCCUGGUCCCUGAGUGCACUGACAGAACCCGGACGGGUGUGACCCCCAGAACUGUGACGGACCAGAACCGGCUGCUUUAUUCUCACUGUGACGAAUCACGGAUUCUGUGGUGCUUUUAGAUUGAUCUCCUCACACGUGCACACAGGCUCGUGCACACGUCCUCGUGCACACAGGCUCGUACACACGUCCUCGUGCACACAGGCUCGUACACACGUCCUCGUGCACACGGAACAUGCACACUUCCAAACGCCUGUAAAAGAUGGAGUUUUUUUUCCUGAUUUGAAUCUUUUAAAAGUGAAACAUUUUCCCGUUUUAUGUUUGUUUAUGGAUCAAACCAAACUUGGAAUUCUGUUCGGAUGGAUUUUGGUUCCAGAAAAAACUUUCUUUCUCUGAUUUGAACCAUUUUUCAGUCAUUCUCUUCCUGGUUUUUCAAACGGCGCUAAACGGUUUCUUCUCUUGAUGCUCAAUAAAACUGAAAAGUCCUUUUCAA